AUGUCGCCGCAUGGCUCCAAAGCCCCGAGAACAUACAAGUGGCCGAUGACGGAUCCAGAGCCUUCCAGGGUGGGAAGUGUCUCCUAUUCGACGCCAUCGCCUAUAGGAGAACAAAUAUUCAAUCCUUUCAAUCCUCUACCGCACGACGAACACCGCACGAGGUCGCAAUUUGCAGACGCCGGGGUUGACUAUUGGAUCGAAAUCGCUGGACAGGGAGGCUUCGCAGAAGCGAGCGAUGAGCUCGAUCUGCUGGACCUAGCGACGAUCGACACGGCCCAUCUUUCACAAACUCCCAAUGCUGACCUGCCAAAGGACACCCGCAGCGAACUCAGACAGGACAAUCCCGACUACACGACUGUCAGUACAGCACAUGAUAUCGACCCCUUGUUCAGCAACGAACCUGAAGAAUUCUCUGUAUCAAAUGAAUCUGACCGACCCAAUGCUCGUCAAACGAGCGCCACUGAAGCAGACACCUGCCAGGUCCGGGUAGACGAGCCAACAGAGCAAUUGGCCAGUCGGCUAGGUUGUUUGCGCAUCGCCGAGGAUGGCCAUUUGAGAUACUAUGGUGCUACGAGCAAUCUGCAUCUGAUCCGAAACGGCUUCCAGCAUUGCUUUCAGCCCUCUAUUCGCACAAUUCGCAGUCAUGGUCAGGAUGCUCUUGAACGUGCUAGUCUCCACUGGCCUCCAGACACUCGAUACGAAGAACAUCUCACCACCUUGUUUUUCACCUGGCACAACACGUUCCUCGGUGUCGUGGAUGAGGCUGCUUAUUACCACCAUCGGCAAUCAUACCGCGCGGGCAACACCACCACUUACUUUUCUCCAACGCUGGAGAAUGCAAUACUUGGAAUUGGCGCCGCCUAUGCAACUCGCAAACACCCGGCGAUCAAAGACGACCCAGCUGAGUUCUUCGCCCACCGUGCGAAGGUGCUCUUGGACAUCGAGAUGGACAGUCCGAGCGUGGCAACAAUUCAAGCACUAGUAACUUUGUCGGCCCACGAAGCGGCCUAUGCAAGGGACUCCAGAGGUGAGAGCUAUUUAGGAAUGGCGGUGCAACUACUUUCGGAUUUGGGAUUACAUCUGGAACUCGGUCAUACGCGCGUCUCAGACAAUGACACUCCAGACAUCACAAAUUUACGUCGGACAGUCUUCUGGGCUACGCAAGGACUGGACAUCUUGUGGAGCGCCUACAGCGGCAGACCCUCGUCAAUUCGAUACGAUGAUCAGAGAAUACCGUUUCCUGCGCCACUCAACUCAGAAACAUGGCGACCGUAUGUGGAUGAGGCUGGCUCGUCACAGAUCCCAGCCGGCCUUGAUGUGACCGUAAUCGGUCAGACCCACGUUUACAUGGCGCAGUUGACAACCAAAAUCCGGAAGAUAUCAAGCUAUACUGGGCCACAAGUCGCAAUGACCGAAGCAAAGACUUUUGCCAGAAAUAUGAUGCGAGACUUACGGCACUGGCGGAAUUCUCUACCCGCCGCGAUGCAGGUGCCUUUGCACUCAGAUGACGACGCCGACAUGCCCAUAGCUCCGGCAGUGAUCAUGUUACAUCUGCAAUUUCACGAAGCCGUCAUCUUCCUGCAGAGGCCAUUCAUAUCUGCGCCCGAUGCGCUUGGAACGAACAUUCUCGAAGCAGACCAAGCCGACGACAGUGGAAGCAUUUGCGAUGCUUCUGCGAACGCCAUCUGCCGCCUGGUUGUAAUCUAUCGGCAGCAGUGGAACUUGCGGCGCGUCCACGCACAAAUUGUGGCCAUCAUCCUCACGGCUGCUCUCAUUCAUGUUCAUAAUUGUUGCGUCUUCUCAAGUUCCAAGGGGGUACAGGCGCAUAAACAACUGUCGAUAUGCUUCCAAGCUUUGGGCGAAAUGUCCCACUUCAACAUGAGCACGCGGGCUCUCGAAAUCAUCUUGUCACUGCGGCGAGAUUGGCAAGAUCAAAUGUUUCGCGACUUGGGCAGAAAGCGCCUCGGCGCUGAUCUUCCACGGCCACAUUAA